AUGGGAUUAGUUGAUGAUGGCUUAAAAGUGGAGUCUUGUGAUGUGAAGAAAUCUAAAGGGAGGAAGAAGAAAAAAGAUGGUAUUGAUAUUGAUGUUGAUGUUGAUGAUAAUGAUGAAACUGUUGAGUCUGGUUGUUGGAUAAAAUUGAGGUUUAUUAGCAGCUGUAUAUCUUCAAGAUCUAAAGUUGAUAACUCUGUUAGUGGCAUCAGCACUCAUGAAAGUAAACCCACAAAUGACACUAGCCGAAAUCAACAGGCUGCCAAUAUAAUAUCAUCCACCACCACAAGCAGCAGCCCGGAAAGCAUCUCAUCCAUCACGAAACUCGAGGAAGAUCUUAAAGUCUCUUCCCGGCUGAGAAAGUUUGCAUUUAACGAUCUUAAGCUGGCAACAAGGAAUUUCAGACCCGAAUCACUUCUUGGCGAAGGGGGUUUUGGUUGUGUGUUUAAAGGGUGGAUCGAAGAGAAUGGCACGGCCCCCGUUAAGCCCGGGACUGGACUUACGGUAGCUGUAAAAACACUGAAUCACGAUGGGCUUCAAGGGCACAGAGAAUGGCUGGCUGAAGUGAAUUUCUUGGGUGACCUCAUUCAUCCGAAUUUGGUUAAAUUAGUUGGCUACUGUAUUGAAGAUGAUCAAAGGCUGCUCGUAUACGAGUUCAUGCCUAGAGGAAGCUUGGAGAACCACUUAUUCAGAAGGUCUCUCCCUCUUCCAUGGUCAAUCAGAAUGAAAAUAGCUCUUGGGGCUGCCAAAGGGCUCGCUUUUCUUCACGAGGAAGCUGAAAGGCCCGUAAUUUACCGUGAUUUUAAGACAUCUAAUAUCUUGUUAGAUGCUGAAUAUAAUGCUAAACUUUCUGAUUUCGGCCUUGCUAAAGAUGCUCCUGAUGAGGGUAAAUCCCAUGUCUCGACACGUGUCAUGGGAACUUACGGUUAUGCUGCCCCAGAAUACGUCAUGACAGGGCACCUCACGUCGAAAAGCGAUGUGUACAGCUUUGGGGUUGUACUCCUCGAGAUGAUAACGGGCCGGAGGUCCAUGGACAAGAACAGGCCCAAUGGGGAGCAAAACCUCGUCGAGUGGGCCCGGCCCAACAUGGCCGACAGGAGGCGCUUCUACCGCCUGAUAGAUCCGCGGCUCGAGGGCCACUUCUCGAUUAAGGGGGCCCAGAAGGCCGCACAGCUGGCAGCCCGUUGCCUAAACCGGGACUCCAAAGUCCGGCCUUUGAUGAGUGAAGUUGUUGAGGCCCUAAAGCCUCUGCCGGGCCUUAAGGACAUGGCCAGCUCAUCAUACUACUUCCAGACAGUGCAGGCAGACCGGGCCGCCUCCUCAAGCCCAAAUGGAAAGAAUGGGCUUCGGGCCCAUGGGUCGUCGUCAUCCAGAAAUGGGCUGCAGCCAAGGAAUCUCUCGGUACCUCAGGCCUCGCCUCGUCAUCAGUUUGUGCAAAAUUCGCCUAAACCAAAUGGUAAACAAUAG